AUGUCCAACGUCCUCUCCCUCAUAGGCUGGGCCUUCUUGCCCAACCUCAUCACCGGCUGGGUGCAGUCCAUCUACUACGGCCUCGUCAUCCGCGCCGGCGACCCCAAGCCGCAGCCCGGCUCCGCCAAGUACGCAACCCACCGCCGCCGCAUCCACAUCCUCGUCGUCUCCUUCUACCUCGCCUACACCCUCAUCGAGGCCGACCGCACCCUCCGCCUGCAAGGCACCUUCUACACCGACCUCGACGUCGCCGCCAACGCCCCCGUGCGCAUCAUCAAGUCCCGCUUCCGCCGCCUCGCCGCCGUCCACCACCCGGACAAGGCCGGCCUCGCCGGCGCCGAUACGAGCGUCGCCACCGCCCGUUUCAUGCACCUCAAGACCGCCUCCGAGACCCUCGCCGACUCGGCCCGCCGCUUCGCCUACGAGCGCUUCGGGCCCGAGGUCGCCACCUGGCAGAACUGCAAGACCGUCCACGACUACGUCUCGCGCGGCGUCCUCCAGGGCACCAUCCCCUACUACGGCAUCGCCGUCGUCGGCACCUACACCCUCGGCCUGCUGGGCUACAUCAACUGGGGCCGCUACUGGCGCUGGCUCAUCAUCGUCACCUUCUUCUUCGCCGAGCUCAUCGUCGUCACCCGCCCCGAGAUGCCGCCCCUGCUCGCCGCCGCCAACGCCGCCCUCGCCGCCGCCCUGCGCCGCACCCCCUACCUGCAGUUCCAGCUCAUCUCGCUCGCCCGCCAGGCCGCCUUCACCAUCUACAUCGCCUUCGGCCAGAUCGGCCCCCUGCUCGACCAGAACGCCCAGGCCGCCCAGAGGGCCGCCGAGAGCUCCGCCGCCGCCGUCGACGAGGGCCUGCAGCGCCUCGAGGCCCUCACCCGCGGCCUAGACGGCGAGAUGGGCCGGCUGCUGGACAUGGAGAUGACCCCCUUCAAGGGCGACAGGGAGGCCAUCGGCAGCGUGCGCUCCAAGAUCAAGGACUGGCUCGUGCAGAACACCAUCCGCGCCGACCCCAUGGUGAGGGACGCCAUCGGCAAGUCCAUCCAGAAGCGGAGGGUCGACGCGCCGGCAGGUGCCCGAGGCAACAGAUAG